AAAAUUUAUAUCUAAAAGUUGUGUGGUUUUUGUGUUUAAAAUUAAUCUGGUGUAUCAUAUGUAACAGAGCAAAGCAAGUCAAUUACAAUUUUGCAGACCAAAUGACUUCUACAAAUUAAUGUGAUUAUGAAUUUGCUUAGAGUGGCUGAUGCAGCAUUCCCUCAAGAUAUUGAGUGUACAUACACGCCCUCUGGUCAGCACAUUGAAUCAUGUACAGCCAAAUAUAUAUUUGGAACACCGCAGACUCCUGGUCCUUCAGCUGCUGCACCCUUAGAAGCAAGAGUUAUUGCUCCACGAGAUCACGAACGUGUAUCAACUACUGUUGUGCACCCAGAAUCUGCCAGUCCUCACAUCACCUUCCACAUGGUGCAGUCUGCGGCAAAGGGACACCCUGUGCGGCAGCAAGCUGGACCCACAGAUACACAACAAAGCACUAUUGCAUAUCCACAUGACAUAGAGGGAAAACUGUCACCAUCUGGCCACCAUUUGCAUUCAUGCACUGCCCGAUAUGUGUUUGUUGGUCCUGAUGCUAAUGUUCUUGGGCAACCAGGGGCUAACUCACAGGGCACUUAUGUUGUUCUUCCAUUGUUACGUGCAUCACCUGCAGGAGGCCAAGGGCCAAGAAAUACUGUUUCCGCAGCUCGUGUACACAUACAGCUUCAGCCCCAAAAAGUUACUCAAGCCACACAAAACUAGAAAUAUACAUGCAUGUUAGAUAUGCAUGAUUGAACUAGUAUUUGCUUGCUCUGUUUAUGUUUGUAGUACUUGGUUGUGGAUAAAAGUAUGACUGCUUGUAAGGUGUAUCUUAUGUCAGGAACAAAUAACUAAAAGAUUUUGCUGUGUUUUUUGUUUUCCCAUUGUUUUUAAGACUAAAGAGAAUUAUGCCCUUUAGUAGCAACUAUUUCUUAUUAAUGACUUUCUAAUUUUUGUAUUUAUUUGAUU